AUGUCACGGGGAUCUGAUGAGUCCGAUAGGUUUGACUGCGGGACGUGCGAUAGACCGAACUCGGUUCACGACAUGGUGCAGUGCGAUGGUUGCACAGUCUGGUACCAUAUGGAUUGCGCCGCAGUAUCGCCGGGAAUAUCGAGCCGAAAAUGGUUUUGUGCGAAUUGCACCUUAUUGCGGAAGAGUGCAAAGAGAGAUGAUGAUCAUCCUAUUACUGGGGACGGCGGCCAGAUCUCCUCGCCUAAAAGGGAUCCGAAGGCCAGCGAUUAUAAGAGUGGUGUGCCAUCGACUGGUGGUGGCGCAUCGAAAAAACAUUCAGUGAGCACUUCUAGCUCACGAGCUCUAGCGCAGUUAGCACUGCAGCGAUUAGAAGCGAAACAAAAGUUAGAAGAGCAAAAACUGUUGAAUCAAUUAAAAGAAUUGGAGAAAGAAAAAGAGCGCAUGCGGGAGGAGAAGGAGUUGGAAGAGCAGGAGAAUGCCAUUGCUAGGAAAAAGUUAGAAAUGCUGGAGAAGUUUUUAGAACAGAAACAGAGUCUGGAAGAGCAACUUGCUGAUGACGAUGUUUCUUCCCGUUGGGGAGAGUGUGGGUCUAACGAAUCAGUUGCAGAUGAUGGAAGUUUGCAAGACGGAAUCGAAAAAUGGGGCUCUAGUUCAGUCCAAGAAGACCCUGAAAAGCAGCCUAAAAUUAAGCCAACUGUUCUCGAUGGUAACUACACUGCCGAAGGUAGGCGGGAAAAACGAACCGCUGGUACCGAAGAAGUAUCGGCAGUUCCACCAAACGCGAAUCAAAUAGCGGCGAGACAACUGUGGCCGAAUAAACUGCCAACAUUCUCGGGCGAUCCAGAGGAGUGGCCAAUUUUUUACAGCAGCUACGUUGAUUCAAACGUGGCAUGCGGGUUUUCACCAGUCGAAAACGUUGUUCGAUUAAGAGAUUGCCUACGCGGCCCAGCUCGCGAUGCAGUAGUGACUAAAUUGAUGUUUCCGGACGCGGCGCCAUCGAUAAUAGAAACUCUUCGGCGGUUAUACGGGAGGCCAGAAUUGCUAGUAAACAAUUUACUAUCAAAGGUUCGUUGUCUAGAAGCGCCCAAACCAGAACGGCUUGAUACGCUGAUGAAUUUUGGCAUGGCGGUGCAACAAUUAUGCGAUCAUCUUGAAGCCGCAAAACUGCGGAGCCACAUGACAAUUCCGACGUUGCUGGAUGAGCUUGUAGACAAGCUACCGGCGGCAAUCAAGCUUGAGUGGGUGCGACAUAAACGAACAUGCGUCAAGCCAACAUUAAAAGAGUUCGGCGAGUUUAUGGAUAGGUUGGUUGAAGAUGCCAGCAAAGUUACAACACUCUUACCACCAAAAAAGGUGACUGAUCAACCGGAAAAGGGGAAACAGAACCAGAAGGCACAUGUCCAUGCUCAUGGUGAUAACAUCGGUUGGCAAAGUAAUCCCUUGCCUAAGAAACCUUGCUCGGUUUGUUCAAAGUUGGACCACCGAGUACGGAACUGUGACAAGUUUCGGCAAAUGAGCACUGAAGAGCGGUUGGAAGCAGUGAGACAACUAAAAUUGUGUGAAGAGAAUGUCGAGUGCGUCAUCACCCCCAUCGAGCACAGGCUGCAUCGAGAACAGGUAGCCACCGUAAGGCAAGCGGGUUGCCAAUCACAACGCGCCGCGAUUAAGUCCGUCCUAUUCCGGAUAGUACCGAUCACACUCUACAACGGUAGUAAUAGUUUCGACACUUUCGCCUUUCUUGAUGAAGGUUCAUCUCUGACGUUGAUAGAAUCGAAUGUGGCGCGCAAUCUUGGAGUUGAUGGCGUACCGGAGCCAUUGGAGCUCACAUGGACGUCAAAUGUAGUACGCAAAGAAAAUGCAUCGCAACGGGUUAACUUGAUGAUUUCAGGUAGAGAAGCGCAAGAGCGAUUUAAUUUAUCUGCGGUGCACACUGUCGGCGUGCUGAACUUGCCGAAGCAAAGUUUGCGAUUUGAAGAGGUGGCAAAAGAAUACAAACAUUUAGAAAAUAUUCCAAUUUCGUUAUUCCGGGAUGCAGAGCCGAAAUUGCUUAUUGGCUUACAACACCUAGAUCUAUUCGCUCCACUUGACAGUCGUGUAGGUCAAGCAGGGGAGCCGAUUGCAGUAAAGUGUGCCCUAGGCUGGACCCUUUACGGCCCCUGCGUGAAAAAUCGGGAUUCCUACCAGUUGUUGGGUCUCCACGGUUGCAAAUCCAUCGUCGAGCGUGAGCUGAACGAACUGAUACGUCUGCAAUUUGUCAUGGACAACAAUGGUAUCGAGCCUACUCUGGUGCCAGAGUCUGCAGAAGUAGUUAGGGCUAAACAAAUUUUGGAGCGCACUACAGAACGCGAAAAUGGGAGAUUCACUGCUGGGCUGUUGUGGAAAAAUGAUCGAAUUUGCUUUCCCGAUAGUCUACCGAUGGCGAAGAAACGACUGAGAAGUCUCGAAUCAAAACUUGAAAAAGAUCCUGACUUGCGUAGCAAUGUUCAUCAGCAAAUCAACGACUACAUGGAAAACAACUACGCACAUAUAGCGACGGAAGCGGAACUGAAGCUAGCAGAUCCCCGUCGUGUUUGGUAUCUACCUAUGAGUGAGGUGACACACCCUAGAAAACCAAACAAAACGUGCCUUGUGUGGGAUGCAGCCGCACAAAUAAGUGGCGUGUCACUUAAUUCUCAGUUGCUAAAAGGACUUGUUCUACUAUACUCACUACCAGGUGUAAUCAGUAAAUUCCGCGAGAAAAAGAUCGCCUUUGGAGGGGAUAUAGAGAAGAUGUUCCAUCAAAUUCGUAUAAAACCAGAGGACAAGCAUGCACAGCGAUUCUUGUUUCGUUUCGACGAGAAACUGCAACCGGAUGUGUAUGUGAUGGAUGUUGCCACAUUUGGAGCUACCUGUUCGCCAUGCUCCGCACAGUAUAUACUAAAUAAAAAUGCGGAUGAUAAUGCAGCGGAAUUCCCGGAAGCAGCAGCAGCGAUCAAGGGAAAAACGUAUAUGGAUGACUAUUUUGACAGCGCUAAUACCACGGAACAAGCUGUAGAACGAGCACUGCAAGUAAAACUGAUACACUCGCGAGCUGAAUUUAAUAUGCGAAAUUGGGUCAGUAACAGUAACGAAGUGCGACAACGUUUGGGGGAAACGCACGAGCAACGGUUGCUAAGCAUUGAUUGUAGCCCGGAAGAAAAACGACAUCGAGUUCUCGGAAUUGUAUGGGAUUCAGAGAAAGAUAUUUUCAUAUUUUCUACAAGUUGGCAGGCGGAGUUGGCUCCGUAUAUAAUAAACGAUUUGCGACCAACCAAACGAAUUAUACUGCGGAUUGUCAUGAGUCUUUUUGACCCAAUGGGAUUUCUCGCCCCAUAUCUAAUUCAUGGCCGCAUGUUGAUUCAAGAUCUCUGGCGUGUCGGACUUAAUUGGGAUGAUGAAGUAAGUGAUAAAGAGUUUGAAAAGUGGCGGCGGUGGAUCAAUCUACUUUCAGGCAUCAAUUGCUUGGAGAUUCCUCGUUUCCACUUCGAUAACACGCACGCUGGGGCGUACCCGUCAUUGCAGUUACACGUAUUCACCGAUGCUAGCGAGCUAGGUUACGGUUGCGCCGCCUACUUUCGGAUUGUAAUGAAUGGGGAAGUACAAUGCGCGUUGGUGAUGGCGGAAAGCAAAGUAGCUCCCUUGAAGUACCAAUCAAUACCACGGAUGGAGCUGCAAGCUGCAAUGCUGGGAUUCAUACACACGGAUGUGGAAGUAGUACUGUUCUGGAUACGGUCGCAGCACCGAAACUACAAGCAGUUUUUCGCAUUCAGAGUCGGCGAAAUUCUUUCACUGACCGAGCCCGAUAAUUGGCGGUAUGUGCCUUCAAAGGACAAUGUAGCGGACUGUCUAACAAAAUGGUGCAAAGAUACAGAUCCUAGCUCCAACGAAAGGUGGUUCAGAGGACCAAAAUUUCUUCAUCAUCCUGAAGAAAGCUGGCCAGAGCAAAAGAAAAUAAUAGACACUUCUGAAGAGUUGAGAGCCCAUAUCCUACUGCAUCACAUUACGGUCCCCGGACCUCUGAUAGACAUCGGACGCAUCUCAAAGUGGACUGUGCUACUGCGAGUCAUAGCAUUCGUGAGUCGCUUCGCAUCUAACUGUCAUCGUAAGAAGGCCGGGCUUCCGAUCGAAACGAUCAAAGCCACCAAGGCACAGCGAAAGCUUAUACUACGUUCCCUACCAGCAAGCGCAGUCCUUCUGCGCCAGCAUGAGUAUCAACAAGCAGAACGGUAUCUGUUUCGAGUGGCACAAACUGAAAGCUUUCCCGAUGAAACUAGAAUUUUACUGAGUAACCGAGACGUGUCACAAUCGAACAAAUGGGUUAGUAUCGAAAAAUCGAGCCCUUUGUAUAGGAUGUCGCCUUCGCUGUCGGAUUCGCUAAUGAGUUCGGGGUAA